AUGGCGCGCGUCUACGCCGAUGUGAACCAGAACAUGCCCAGGAGCUAUUGGGACUACGAUAGCGUCAAUAUCAGCUGGGGUGUUCUCGAGAACUACGAAGUUGUCAGGAAGAUUGGCCGGGGCAAAUACUCCGAGGUUUUUGAGGGUAUCAACGUCGUCAACUACCAGAAAUGUGUCAUCAAAGUUCUAAAGCCCGUUAAGAAGAAGAAGAUUAAGCGAGAGAUCAAAAUCCUGCAAAAUUUGGCUGGGGGCCCCAACGUCAUUGCUCUCUUGGAUGUUGUGCGAGACUCACAGAGCAAGACGCCGUCUCUCAUUUUUGAGCAUGUCAACAACACCGAUUUCCGGAGCCUUUACCCCAAGUUCAGCGACAUUGACGUUCGUUUCUACAUUCUGGAGCUACUCAAGGCACUGGACUUCUGCCACAGCAAGGGCAUCAUGCACCGAGACGUGAAACCUCAUAACGUUAUGAUCGAUCAUGAGAACAGAAAGCUGCGUCUUAUCGAUUGGGGUUUGGCAGAGUUCUACCAUCCCAGCACCGAGUACAACGUCCGCGUCGCUUCCCGUUACUUCAAAGGCCCUGAACUUCUGGUUGAUUUCCAAGAGUAUGAUUACAGUCUCGACAUGUGGAGUCUGGGAGCCAUGUUCGCUUCUAUGAUCUUCCGGAAAGAACCCUUUUUCCACGGCAACAGCAACUCGGAUCAGCUUGUCAAGAUUGCCAAGGUCCUCGGAACCGACGAUCUCUUCGACUACCUUGACAAGUAUGAGAUUGAAUUGGAUGCUCAGUACGAUGACAUCCUGGGCCACUUCCAGAAGAAGCCUUGGCACAGCUUUGUGACAGCGGAGAACCAGCGAUUUGUCUCUAACGAAGCCAUCGAUUUCCUUGACAAGCUGUUGCGAUAUGACCAUCAAGAACGUCUGACUGCUAAGGAGGCCCAAGCUCACCCAUAUUUCAACCCUGUCCGCGAUCCGGAAGUUUUCAAGCAGAACUUGGCAAAUGCCGGCGUCAGCACAGCCAAAGCUUAG